AUUCCGGAAGAAUGGUGAAGGUCAUCCCCUCGAGGAACACAGCCGCGGCCGCCGCUCUGGCCCCAACCCUAGCUAGAGCUCCGGAACCUUCUCCCUGGAGGGCCUCGCGGGACUGAUCCAGGAGUCCACGGGGUGCGCGAUGCCACCAGGGGGAGGAGAAGCAAGCCAGCAUGGCCGCACGGGGAAGGAGCAGAGCGAUCCGCCGGAGAUCCGCCGCCGCGACGACUCCCGUCCCGCGCCGCCGUUCCCCGUCGUAGCUUCUCAGAAGAGGAGGCAGACGCAGCCGGCGUCGGAGGUGGUGAGCGUCCCCGAGGGCCCCCUCGUCGAGAUCCUGGCGCGGCUGCCGUACCGGUCGCUCUGCCGAUUCAAGUGCGUCUCCAAGCAGUGGCGCGUCCUCUGCUCCGACCCCAGCAUCGUCAAGAGGGCGACGCAGACCCUCUCCGGAUUCUUCCAAUACGGCCCGGCCGGCAGCCUCCGCUUCAGCAAUCUGUCCGGCGGACGUCCGCUGGUCGACGCUUCGCUCCCUUUCCUGCGCCCGAGAUACCAAAGGAUCAAUAUCGAGCAAUGCUCCACCAGCCUUCUCCUCUGCAAAUGCUGGAAACUGGAAUCGGAAAAGGACAAAUUCGAUUUCAUCGUGUGCAAUCCGAUGACCCAACAGUGGACCGUGCUGCCUCCUAUUGAAUGGCUGGACCAAGACAACGGAGAACCCGAAAGUUUCGAGCUGAGUUAUCCCUUCCUGGUUUUCGACCCGUCCGUUCCGUCUCGUUUCGUCGUGUUUGCGCCCCUCUGGGAGUCGAUCGACGUUGUGCCGAUAUACUCAUGGGAAACCGGACAAUGGACUCCCAGCAGGGGGUGGGGACACAGACGGCAUGGUGCCGUUAGCGCCGAAUGUGUCUUCCUGAAUGGCAUGAUCCAUUUCUUACAUUUGCUUUUCCAUGGAACUUUCAUAACUAUACUAGACCUUGAGGGGGAGGUUUGCCGGAAAAUUACUUGCCCGGAUGGAAUGCAAGGGGCAACAACGCCUGGUUAUGGUUCGGUGGGGUGCUCUCAGGGACUCCUUCAUGCUUGGUAUAUGGAUCCUCAUGAUUACCAGCUCUCCGUGUGGGUGCUCAAGGAUUAUUAUGCUACUGAAGAAGAGUGGACCCUAAAGCAUACCGUCGACGUUCCAAAACUGUUUGAAGAAACGGAAUCCGACCAAGAAGAGGAUUAUCAUCGCCAAGAGGAUGGGUCCUGUAAGUAUCAGAUGUUUGCAAUUCAUCCAGAAUACAACGUGAUUUUCAUUACUGACUGGAAGCUGGUGAGUCUGUCAUACGACAUGGACAGCGGGCGAGUGCAUCCCAUGUGCACUUCUGCAGAUUUCUUUGGUGCUCUACCUUUUAUUCCUUGCUUUGCGGAUUUGGCUCACGGAUGAUCACUAACGCCUUUGAAAAAAUCGCUCUUCUAGUUCCGUGGCACUGGUUUGGCUGCAGCCGUUUUGUGGCGUUGAACAAUGUUGGUCACCGGUAGACAUUUUGUAAGCGCCAACAGAUCCAGCGGGUAAUGCUUGCUUAGUUGUAUGAAUGACUUGGCCACCUAAAUAUAUUUGUGUUUUAUGUAAUACUGAUUAAUGUGGUCACUUGUU